AUGGCUCCUUCUUCACUUCUAGCAUCCACAGCCCCUUCUGCCACUCGCAGCCUGCACGCUACGGCCCGGCAACAGACUCCCGCGACAACCUCCGCAGCCUCCACCGCCACCGAGUAUCCUACCGACCAUAGCCCUGUUGCGAAUCCCAUCGAUACCACCAACUUUCUUGACAAUGAAUUUGUAACAUCUAAAGCAACCACCUGGAUUGACCUGCACGAUCCAGCCACCAACAACCUCAUUACUCGGGUGCCCCAGAGUACCGAUGAGGAGCUGAAGGCAGCCGUUGCAUCCGCCCAGAAGGCCUUCCCAGCCUGGCGCGCGACCAGCAUCAUGGCCAAGCAGCAGAUCAUGUUCAAGUUUGUCAGCCUGAUCCGGGCCCACUGGGACCGUCUAGCAGCCUCUAUCACCCUCGAGCAAGGCAAGACCUUUGCCGAUGCCAAGGGCGAUGUUCUCCGUGGUCUUCAAGUAGCCGAGACCGCCUGUGGUAUCACUACUCAAUUGACUGGUGAGGUACUUGAAGUGGCCAAGGAUAUGGAGACACGAAGCUACCGCGAGCCUUUGGGAGUUGUGGCCGCCAUUUGCCCCUUCAAUUUCCCCGCAAUGAUCCCCCUCUGGUCGAUCCCCAUCGCCACAAUCACCGGAAACUGCUUGAUUCUCAAGCCCUCUGAGCGUGACCCUGGCGCCGCCAUGAUUCUGGCGGAGCUGGCUCGGGAAGCUGGCUUCCCGCCCGGUGUCAUCAACGUCGUUCACGGUUCUGCCAAGACCGUUGAUUUCAUUCUUGAUGAACCUUCCAUCAAGGCGAUCAGCUUCGUUGGCGGCAACCGCGCGGGUGAAUACAUCUAUACUCGGGGUUCUGCAAACGGCAAGCGUGUUCAGGCGAACCUUGGGGCGAAAAAUCACGCCGCUGUCUUGCCGGACUGCAACAAGAACCAGACCCUCAAUGCUAUUGUUGGCGCUGCCUUUGGCGCCGCGGGUCAGCGCUGUAUGGCUCUGAGUACAGUGGUUAUGGUUGGCGAAACUCAGGAAUGGCUGCCCGAGAUUGCCGAACGGGCCAAGGCAUUGAAUGUCAAUGGUGGAUUUGAAGAGGGUGCGGAUCUAGGCCCGGUCAUUAGUCCUCAGAGCAAGAAGCGGAUCGAGGACUUGAUUGCCAGCGCCGAAGAAGAGGGAGCCACUAUUCUUCUGGAUGGUCGGGGCUACAAGCCCGAGAAGUAUCCCAACGGCAACUUUAUUGGACCCACCAUCAUCACCAAUGUGACCCCGAACAUGAAGUGCUACACCGAGGAGAUUUUCGGUCCCGUCUUGGUCUGUUUGUCAGUGCCCACGCUUGAUGACGCUAUCGAGCUCAUCAACAACAAUCCGUACGGUAACGGCGCCUCUGUCUUCACCCGCUCCGGCCCCACUGCCUCGCGCUUUCAGAAGGACAUCGAAGCCGGUCAGCUCGGCAUCAACGUGCCGAUUCCUGUGCCAUUGCCCAUGUUCUCCUUUACUGGUAACAAGAAGAGUAUUGCGGGCGGUGGUGCCAACACCUUCUACGGCAAGCCCGGUCUGCAAUUCUACACCCAGCAGAAGACUGUGACGAGCUUGUGGCGCAGCGAGGAUGCAAUUAGCACCAAGGCUCAUGUUGUGAUGCCCACACACUCGUAA